AUGGCCUCGGCAGAGGUUGAAUCACCUCGCGAUGGAGGCGCCAAGAGCCCGCCUCCUCGAGCACCACGAUCCCCUCGGCGCGAUCGCGACCGCGCCUUCAAACGCGACGAACGCCGUCCCCGUGAUGGCGGCGACAAGUACCGACCCGCGCCCCGAGAGCGCACGCCUCCUCCCGUCAAGACGGAGGAGGAGAAGCAGGCGAUCGCCAAGGCCGAGUACGAAAAGCUCCUGACCAUGCGAUCCGGCGCACAUACAUCCCGCCCGCCCGACUCCGGCGCUUCUGCAGGCCCAGAUCACGACAAGUCGAGCAAGGAAUACAGCGCCUCAUUUGUGGAGAUUGCCGUCAACUUCAUGCGAGAGGUGGGCCAACAUCUACAAGAAAUGCAGCCGGCCAUUGCGUUGGCCGUGUGGGACCAGCUGCGGAACGUGUUGCACGAGGCAGACAUCGACAAGCGUGUGCAGUACAUGGUUGAGGUGCUCUUCCAGGUGCGCAAAGACAGCUUCAAGGACAACCCACCCAUCAAGGACGAGCUCGACUUGGUGGAGGAGGAGGACCAGAUCACGCACCGCGUCGACCUCGACGGCGAGAUUGACGUCCAGGACGGUCUGAACAUUUUCAAGUAUGACCCGGAGUGGGAAGAGCACGAGGAAGCCUACCAGAAGCUCAAAGCCGAGAUCCUCGGCGAGGGCAGUGAUUACGAGGACGAUGAUGACGAAGACGACGAGAGCUCCGAGGAAGAAGACAAUGAAGAGCAGAAGGCCAUGGAGAUUAAGGACCAGUCCAAUACCGACCUCGUCAACCUGCGACGAACGAUCUACCUCACGGUCAUGUCGUCCAUCGACCCCGAAGAAGCGGUGCACAAGCUGCUUCGGAUCAAUUUGCCGGCUGGCCAAGAACCGGAACUGCCAUCCAUGAUUGUCGAGAUCUGCUCGCAGGAGAAGAACUUUACCAAGUUCCACGGACUCAUCGGCGAACGCUUUGCGAAGCUCAACCGAUUGUGGACGGGUCUUUUCGAAGACUCCUUCAUCGAUUACUACAACAAGAUCCAUCGGUAUGAGACGAACCGUCUGCGCAACAUUGCCAUGUUCUUCUCUAGCCUGCUGGCAAGCGAUGCAAUCGGAUGGCAUGUACUUUCUGCGAUCCAUCUAAACGAAGAAGAGACGACAAGUUCUAGCCGUAUCUUCAUCAAGAUUCUGUUCCAACACCUUGCUGAGGAACUCGGCAUGCCCAAGUUGCAGGCUCGCACAAAGGAUGAGAUGCUGCAGCCCAGUCUGUCAGGCAUUUUCCCGCGCGACAAUGCCCGCAACAUCAGGUUCUCCAUCAACUACUUCACCAGUAUCGGCAUGGGUGCGCUCACUGAAGACAUGCGAGAGUAUCUCCAAAACAUGCCCAAGCCAGCACUCCCAGCCCCGGUGGCCGAUGACUCGGACUCGGACUCUGUCUCGAGCUACUCAUCCUACACUGGCUCUUCGUACUCUCGCUCGAGGUCACGCACACCUCCUCGCCGCGCCAUCGACCGCGGCCGCUCAUAUUCGCGAUCCCGAUCGCCUGAAUCUCGGAGCGGCAGGAAGCGAUCGCACAGCCGCGGCAACAGCUCUUCCCGUUCGCGGUCUUAUACGCGCUCUCCUUCUCCUCCCGGCCGCCGCGCGCGUCGCGACGACUCGUACUCCCGCAGUCCUUCGCCCAAGCGCGGACGCCGCCAAUCCAGCUACUCCCGCUCCCCAUCUCCACCCGCGCGCAACGCGCCCCGCGACCGUAGCCUCACUCGGUCCCCGCCACCUGCGCGCCGCAGACGCAACAGCUCUUCUGUGAGCAGAUCCCGCUCUCCCGCGCCCAAGCGGGCCGCAGCUCGCGAGCCAGCCCGCUCACUCAGCCCCUAUUCGCGCAGGGCAGCUGGUCUCGCCGCUCGCCCCCGCAGCCCGCCGGCUCGCGAACCCGCUCGUCGUGAGCCACCUCGUCGCGAGCCCUCUCGUUCGCUCAGCCCCUAUUCCCGCCGGGCAGCUGGUCUAGUCGGUCGGGCUCGAAGUCCCCCGCCCGCCCGCGUUCCGGCCCCACCACCAGGCCGCCGACGGGAGAGCUCUGCGGGCGGCAGCGCACCACGGAAGAAACCCCGCUACGACAGCCGCAGCCGCAGUCGCAGCCGCGGUUCGUCCUAUGAUUCCCGCUCGCCUAGCAGGAGCCGUUCGCCCUCGUCCCGCCGCGCGCGUCCCGCAGCAGACAGCCGCUCGCCCUCGCCUGUGCCGCCCCGACGCGUGGCGGCUAGUCGAUCACCCUCGCCCCUGCCGGCUAAGGAUUCCCGUGGCGGUCGGCAGGGUUCCUACGACUCGCGGUCCCCGUCGCCUGCGCCCCGUCGAGACGGCGGCUCCGCUCGCGGCAGGUCGCGAUCCCCCGGUGCCCCCGGCGGCGGCGCGUCCAAGCGCAGGCUGCACAGCGAGUCCGUCUCCCGCUCGAGAAGCCCGCCGCCCCCGAAACGGGGACGCAGAAACAUCUGGCUGCGUAAAGGCCUAGCAACACAGAAGCCCGUAUCCAAGUUAUAA